GCUCGGGCGAAGAGGAGGAGCCAGGGACACCGAGCGGGUGGAGUCGGGAGCCCGAGAGCUGAGGAGGCGGAUUUCCUGGGCCCGGCUCCCUGGGGCUACCAUGGCGUUUGGGAAGAGUCACCGGGAUCCCUAUGCGACUUCCGUGGGCCACCUCAUAGAAAAGGCUACAUUUGCUGGCGUUCAGACUGAAGAUUGGGGCCAGUUCAUGCACAUUUGUGAUAUUAUUAACACUGCCAACGAUGGGCCAAAAGAUGCAGUAAAAGCUUUGAAGAAAAGGAUUUCUAAAAACUACAAUCAUAAAGAAAUCGAACUUACCUUGUCACUUAUUGACAUGUGCAUGCAGAACUGUGGUCCAAGUUUCCAAUCUCUGAUUGUGAAGAAGGAAUUCAUUAAAGAUAGUCUAGUUAAGCUGCUGAAUCCCAGAUACACCUUGCCAUUAGACAUUCAGAAUAGAAUCUUGAAUUUCAUUAAGACUUGGUCCCAGGGUUUCCCAGGAGGUGUGGAUGUAAGUGAAGUGAAAGAAGUGUACCUUGACCUGCUUAAGAAAGGUGUUCAUUUUCCUCCCUCAGAUGCAGAGUCUGAAACAAAGCAACAAGAGACUGCUCAGAUCUCAUCGAAACCACCAACAUCUGGUCCUACUGCACCAGCUCUUUCUUCUGUAAUUGUUCCCCGAAGCACGACUAUUACAUUGGUCCCAGAACAGAUUGGAAAAUUGCUCAGUGAGUUAGAUAUGGUGAAGAUGAAUGUGAGAGUGAUGUCUAACAUAUUGAUGGAGAAUAUUCCUGGAUCUGAAAACCAUGAAGACAUAGAGCUUCUGCAGAAACUUUAUAAGACAGGUCGGGAGAUGCAAGAAAGGAUCAUGGAGCUGCUCAUCGUGGUGGAGAAUGAAGAUGUAACUGUUGAGCUAAUUCAAGUGAAUGAGGAUUUGAACAAUGCCAUCCUUGGAUAUGAGAGGUUUACUAGAAACCAGCAAAGGAUUUUGGAGGAAAAUAACCAGAGGGAAGAUGCCAAUACUACCAGUGAACCUUCUGCCCCAUCCUAUGAUCUUCUUGACCUAAGUCCCAGCCCUCCAAAUCACAGGGUCACACUGGGAGAAGACAACACCAUGAAUGCUCAGCUUUCAGACUUAAAUUUCAGCUCUUCGAGUCCUGUUGUAACAAACAACUUGCAUCCCAGUCUUCACUCACGGCUGGAUUUGCUAGCCUUGGAAAAUACAGAAACACCACUGUUUGCCCAAAGGACUGGCCAAAACCUCACCUCAGGUCAUACGUAUGCAAAUUUUCCAGAAAAUUCAAAUUCAGUGUUACUACAGCCAGUCAGUCUACAGACCAUUGCAGCUACACCACCAAACCCGAGCCCACCAUCCUUGCCCAACAAUCAUCCAGCAAUGACAAAGAAUGAUCUCCAGCCACCCAAUUACUAUGAGGUAAUGGAGUUUGAUCCCUUAGCUCCUGCUGUCACUACAGAAGCUAUUUAUGAAGAAAUUGAUGUUCAUCACCACAAAGGAGCUCAAAGUCAGAGUGACUGCUGAGGUGAAAAUGAGUGAUCAGCUCAUGAGCUGUAUAAAGGGUACCAACCCUCUGAAAGGUAGACCCUGUCCAGCUUCAAGGCCUAGAAGAUAAGACCUACCACUACGUAAAAACCACAGUGGAACAUUUGUCCUCUGCAAUAAUGAAGUUUAAACAGAAGAGUAACGUUUAUGGUUCCUAAUAGCAACUCAAGCUUUAUCUCGAAAGAACUUGGUUUUAACGUAUAUUCACUUAAAAUUUCAGCAAAAGAAAAAUUCAUUGUACUGAGGCCAGCCAGGUUAAUUGGAAGAUCCUACUUCACAGGCUUUCCUACAUGUAUAAAUCAUCACACAGCCGUGAUAACAGUAGAUGAAGAUUAUUUUAUUAUAAAAUAAUUCUGAAUAGAUGUAAACAUGAAAUGUGAGAAACUAAUUAUUCAGGAAGAAUACUGAGUGCCUUCAUUUAACUAAAAUAAAACUUAAAAAUCAAUUUGCACUUCUUUAUAAAUAAUAUUCUUAUUUAGAAUUAUGAACUGUAAAAGCCUUGAUGCUACAGUUUAUAUUUCAGGCACCCUAAAAAGAUCACUGGACUCUACAUUGAGUUGCCUUUAAAUACGAUUCUUAAUAAUACUAAAUGUUAUCUUUUUCUCUUUUUACUGCAAUUUAAUAUUUCUAUUUGGAAUAAAUACUGGAAAACAUUCAGGAUAAGCUGUACAUUCAUUUAUGUUGUAAAUUACAAUGACAAAUUACUAUUAAAACAAUGCAAAUAAAUUACUAUUAAAACAA